AAGAUAUAUACGUUAUAAGACGCGUCUUAAAAACUGUGCAAAAUCAAAUAGGGCAAAAAAAAAAAAUUAGGGAUAGAGGAAGUAGAAAUCAACCCUAAAUUAGGCAACAAUAUACAAGCACGUACAUAUUUUUUUGCUGUCAAUGUCAAACUAUCUCAUAAUGUUUAUAGGAUAGAGGACACAGUUUGAUGAAAAUCAUAGGAUUAAUCCCAUCAGUUCUCAAUGAAUUCAAGUGGAUAAGCAGCCAAGAGCAAUCAAUCCCACAAAUUCCUCUCUUUUGCUCCCUCCUCUUCUUCUACCUCUCUCUUCUUCCUCCCACAAAAUCAAAUUUCAAACUUUCCAAAAACCCAAAAAAAAAAACAAUGGAUUAUGAAGCUCAAAGACGAAUUGCUGUACUAUGCUCUCAUCUAUGCCCUUCCCACUUCAAUUCACGAAAUACCCAUAUCGUAUCUACUUCGAAUUGUUCAUCUGAGUCAACUACAGCUCAAGUUCAAACUAGGGAUUUGGUGAAAAGCCCCAAUUCUCAAGAUACUUGCAUUUUUUGCCAGAUUAUUCGGGGUAAUUCCCCUGCUUUUAAGCUUUACGAAGAUGACACAUGCAUUUGCAUUUUGGAUACAAGUCCACUCAGUCGUGGGCACUCUCUUCUCAUUCCAAAACGUCAUUUUUGUUCCUUGGAUACAACUCAUCCUUCAGUUAUAGCUGCCAUGUGUUCAAAAAUACCCUUCAUUAGCAAUGCAAUUAAGAAAGCUACAGGCUGCGAUUCCUUCAAUUUAGUAGUCAACAACGGUGCUGCUGCUGGCCAAGUCAUAUUCCAUACACACAUCCAUAUAAUUCCACGAAAGGCACAUGAUCGCUUGUGGGAUUCAGAGAGUCUGAGGCGACUAUCUGUGAAAUUGGAUGAGGAAGCACCUCAUCUUGUGGAAAGCAUACGAGAACAUCUUUUGCUUGCAAAAAACGAGGAGGAAUGCAAGGAUCAAGGAUCAGCUUUGGCUGGGAAUUGUAGAGGAUGACACUGUUAAAUGUAAUCUUUGUACACUAAUGAAUGCUUAUUCUUUUAGUUUGGUUUUCACGAAAGCGUGCCGAAAUAUGCAACAAUGUAUAAAAGAAAAAAAAAAAAAAGUACUCUUUGUGAUCAAUCAAUUUGAUGGAUAUAACACACAUUGAAUAUAUAAAUACUACUUGUAUCAUUUUAUACCCAUGUAUUUUUUGGACUA